GGCACUUCAGGACACUUCCAUCUCUUUCAAGGCUCCAAUCGACUACAGCUCUGAUGUCGGACAGAGUUCAGUGCCCAAUAUGUCAAGACUAUUUCAGAAUUCCUACCGAACCGACCCAUGAUUUCGUCACAUUCCCUUGUAGGCAUGGUACAUGUCGAACCUGCCUUCAAGGCGUAUACAGUAGAUCGAAAAAUUUCACAGAAGCGGACUGUCCCGUAUGUCGUCAAACAUUCAAUCGUAAAGCCGCCCAUCACCUUUACCUUUCGUUCGAACGGAGUGUUGUUGUUUCCACAAUUACAACAGCGGAGAAACUGGGAGAGAUGGACGCGAACUCGAAGCUGCUAAGUGUGAAAAUUGCAGGAGAACGCGUGAGGAAAGCUUCGGACAGCCUAGAAUGUAAAGACAGUGAGGUUGCGACAACCCUCAUUAAGGCUGUCGAGGAUUUUAAACAACGAAUUGUACCGCUUUUUGAGAUACAAGAGGCUCAGAUGGAAGAACUUGCUCGCCUACGGGCACAGUUGCAAGCAGCGAAUCGAGAAGCUACCAAAGCAAAGGCCAUCGCUAACCAAUGUACGCAAAAGGACGCAGAGAUCGGAUUUUUGCACAGACAGCUUAGGGAUGCAAGACAGACUCACUCUGAGGCAUUCGCUGAAUCGAGGAGUCUCAGUACAGAAGUCAAAAGGCUGCGAGUCGAGAACGAGAGGCUCGUUGAGGCAGAAUCCAAAUUGGAGCAAUCAAAUACGUCCUUGAAAGGCUCAUUGGUGGAACACAAGAAAACCAAUCGCAGUCAAAAAGUGAAGAUCAAGGCGCUGAAGGAGGAAAAUCGCAAACUUGAAGCUCAGAUUCAAGGGCGAAACAUUUGCGUUGCUGAAGAGUCGCUCAUGAUCGACGAUAAUAGGACAGGCUCAGAGAUGUUACCCCGGACACGGACGCCUCCUGCUUUGAGAACUCCAUCUCCCCCUGCAUCGUUGGAUCUUGCACCGCGUUCUCCUUGUAAUUCCCCGCACAAAGAUAAGGAAAACACCCAGUGUAGGUCUCUGUCUGGCUACGAAGGGCUACCACCUCCUGGCUUCAAGUCAGACUGGUCAAUGGGCGACGCGAGAGCCGGUACAAAUCCUUUGAAGAGGAAGAAUUCAAGUAGCCUUACGACAGCCGUCGGUAUUUCCGUCGAUCGUACAGGGCAGCCGAUUGGUUCAGUCCAGUUAGGUCCCAAGCGCUCUCGACGAGCGGUUUGACAAUUUUACCGAAUAUUACGUACAACCUUUCCCGCUGCCUAAGUAUACUGAAGUGCAGUGAUCACAACGGAAUACACUUUUAAGCCUGA